AUGAGUUCAAUUGGAUCUGCUCGUUCAAAUCGAUCGUCGUCUUCUCACUCUGCUCAUUCAGUUCGUUCCUAUGUCAGUGAGACAUCGACAGCAUCAUCUAUAAGGGAGGAGGAUUUGAGUUUACUUUUAACCUUAUUGGAAAAUCCAAAACAAAGAGAGUUGGGUUGUUCAUUUUCGGAGUCUAGUGAUUUUAGAGCUGAAUUUUCGAGAAAGAUGGUUAUGAUUGAUCCUAAUGCAAAACCACCAAAAUCAAGAGGAAAAUGGCAGGAAGAGACCUAUCCAUUACCGUGGACAGAGAAAAGAAUUCAGGAGAGAAGGUUGUAUGAUCCCGAUUAUAAAGUGUAUUUUCCACUUCGUCCAUUUGGAUAUUCAUUGAAAGUGGAAGACACUGUGAUUCCUCCUUAUAAAAUUACUAAAAUUGAGACAAGAUUUAAACAUUGCUUAAUCCUAACAAGGGAUGGAUUUGUAUAUAGUAUUGGAGAUGCAGAGUUCGGAAAACUUGGUGAUGGAUAUGAAGAUUCAACAGGAACAAAGGCACCAUUUGUGAGGAAACCAGUUCUAAUCAUGGAUAGAGCAAUUGAUAUUGCUGUUGGCAAACAUCACUCUGCUAUAGUUACAGACGAGGGAAAUGUACAUACUUUUGGAUAUGGAAAAUAUGGGCAACUUGGUCAUUCAAAUUUCGAAAAUGAAAAUGUGCCACGAGUUGUUGAGGAUUUCAUUAAUAGAGAUAUUAGAAUUACUAAGGUUGCUUGUGGUGAUCAUCAUACUAUUUGCCUUACGGAUACUGGAUUAGUGUAUGGAUUCGGAAAUGGUUCUCAAGGUCAACUAGGAGUUCUUGGAUUUUUGGAUAUCAAAGGGGAUUUAUCACAAACAGAAAAGGCUCAACUUAAGUAUGUUCCCAGACCAAGAUUGGUAGAAAUUAUGAGAGAAACACAACAAGAAACCGAGGAAUACAGAAGAUUGAGAACAAAGAAAACAUUUGUUGAGAUUGAUGGAAUAAUGUGUGGAAGUGAUUAUUCUGCAUUCCUGGCAAAGCAUGGUCAAUUAUGGCUAUGUGGUUGUGGAAUGACUGGUGUAAUUGCUAAUGGUACAUUCGUCGCGAACAAUUAUCGUCCAACAGAGGCUCAAUUUUCUGUAUCUGAAAAAGUGGUGGAAAAGUUUGUUAAAGUGGAUAUUAAUUUGGAACCUGGGAAGAAUGGAGAAGAAUUGGAUGUAAAAGUUGAUUUCUCAUUUCAAGGAAAGUUGGUGCAGCCAUUAAUACCUAAAUUCCUUCCUUAUAAUCAUGAAAAACCUUCCUCAGCAGCUUCCUCUAAAUCCUCAGCUAGUAGAGCUUCUUCCUCUAUCCACUGGUUGAAAUAUGUUCACCCUAAUCAAUUCAAUGUAGAUGGCCAAAAUAUCAAGUUAGUAGAUGUUUCUUGUGGAUCAAGUCAUUUAUUUUGCAUGACAGUUGACCAAAGAGUGUUUGCAGCUGGAUUGAAUUUUAAUGGUCAAUUGGGUAUUGGAAAUAAGACUUCUCAGUGCCGUCUAUUCGAAGUUACAAAUCUAUUGCCUCAUGCACUCGUAUCAGAAGGUAUCAAACAAAUAAUAUGUGGAACAAACUAUACAAUAAUUGUUAAUGGUAUGGGAACAACAUUUGCGACUGGUAGAUUCCCUGGAAAUAAUGAAGAUUGUACAAAAUUUGUAGAAAUUACCAGCAUUAGUCAAAGACAGUACAGAAUUGAAAAAAUGUUCUCUAGGAAUCCAGAGCACAUCUUUAUGUUGUGCAGGAAGGAAUAA